GAGUCAGACACUUAUAGUGGUUGGUGCAGGUAAUGCUUGAUGAACAGGUUAUUACCUGGUAUACAUCUCAUUAGAGACCCGAGAGUAGAACAAACAGUCAUCUGACCACAGACCAGAGCAGAAGUAUGAAGUUUAACACAGCGCUGAGUGUUGCUGCAACCAUACUUCUGAACAUAGCAGGUUCUCUUUGCCAGUUAGAUGUAUGUGGUCAAGCCCCCCUCAACAAUAAGAUUGUUGGAGGGGAGGAUGCAACGGCAGGUGCUUGGCCGUGGCAAGUCAGCAUUCAAAGCGCCACAUUUGGAGGCCAUUUCUGUGGUGGGAGUCUAAUCAAUAAAGACUGGGUUUUGUCUGCAGCUCACUGCUUCCAGAGCCCAAUGAGUACCAUUAGGAUCUACCUGGGACGUCAGAGCCAGUCAGGCUUUAACCUUAAUGAAGUUUCCAGGACAGCGAGGACAGUCAUCAACCAUCCUGACUAUUCUGAUCCUACCCAUGACAAUGACUUAGCACUGAUCCAGCUCUCCUCAUCGGUCACUUUCUCUAAUUAUAUUAGGCCAGUCUGUCUGGCGGCUACUGGUAGUAAAUAUGCUGCAGGUUCUGACAGCUGGGUCACUGGAUGGGGAGCGCUACAGUCUGGCGGUGGGGCUCCUGACAUACUGCAGGAGGUGAUGAUACCAAUUGUGAGCAGCCGUGACUGUAGUAAUGCUUAUGGUUCUCUUGAAAUCACAAGCAAUAUGAUUUGCGCUGGAUUGUUAAAUCAGGGAGGAAAAGAUUCAUGUCAGGGAGACUCUGGAGGUCCACUGGUCAAUAGGAACAACUCCCUGUGGAUUCAGUCUGGCAUUGUGAGUUUUGGUAUUGGUUGUGCAGACCCCAAAUAUCCCGGUGUGUAUACCAGAGUCUCUCAGUACCAGAACUGGAUCACCUCUACCGUAGGCAGCAACCCACCUGGAUUUGUCGAAUUCAACAACAAUGCAUUCAUACACUCACCCAGCCUCCUUUUAUUUUCCGUUUCUCUCACACUCUCCAUCAUUCCUUUCAUAAGCUCCCUAUAUCUCUCUUCUUAGAAAUCAUUUGAAUUAGGGGUCUUUUUUAAGAGAAUAAUUGUGCUUUACAAGUUUUCAUAAACAUAUUAAGAAGGUGCAUAGUUAUAUUCCCGUGUAUCCUUUCUUUUUAAAAAUACUAUUCUUGGAAAGCUACACUUUCUCUUAUUUAUUGCACAUUAAUGAAGUUUAGCAAGCUUUUGCUCUCAGAAUGUUUGCAUAAUGAGUUUGAUAUUUGGCUUAAACACGAAACAUAAAUGAUUGUGAUUAUAAUGCAUAGGUAAUUAUUGGUGUCCCUUUGACCUGUGUUUUUUUUUUUUUUUUGAGAGAGAGACUGUUGAAUUUUUCUUGACUGGUUGUAUUUCUUUGCAAAUGCACUUUUGUAUAAAAAGUUUUGUAUUAUUUACAAUAAGACUUAAUCUCAGGGUGUGAACAGUAAUGAAAUGCAUGUGUGCUCUGCAUUGUGUUUAGAGAUACUGGUUAUUGAAAAUGUAACCAGUUAAAAAAAUAAUUAAAACCUUCAUUUGACUAUA